GACAACGAUAAGCCUUGUGGUGAGGAGACAGUGCGUAGACAGUGCCAGCACUCCAGCCCGCUACAGCAGCUACUGCAGUACCAGUGGGACAGAUGAAUGAAUGUGCUGGAUUGCUCCAUGCUUAGGUUGCCGCACCCAUACAAUACAUUCACCACUGCGCCGGUUGCCACGAGUCUUGUGUAGACAGUCCACGAUACCACGAGAGGGAAUCAUUCACUCUAGCGAAAGCUCUACCGAGACCCGAUUCACCCCCCGUCCUCAGACAUCGUGACGUACUCCAACCAACGCUGCUCUGCUCCCCACCUCAUCGCCCAAGCUCCAUAAUGGCGAGCACUUCAGACUCCUUCGUCAUCUCCGACAUGGCUCCCUCCUCAGACAACGACGAUGUCGAUUCCCUUCCAUCCAUCUCCAGCAGCAUUCUCGAUUCCGAAGACGAAUCCGAUGCCCAAAGGGAGUGGGAGACAAGUCUAGAGCAGCUACAGCUUUUGCUGACAAUGAUUAUUAUGCCAUUUGCGGGCAAGUAUCUUGGCCGCAAGUUUGCCUACUGGAGCUGGGCGCGGUAUAUGGAAUGGAUGCACAACGUCGAGAUCCGGUGGACAAAUAAGAGAGAGUUUGCGGCCGUGGGAGCUGUGCAAGCGGCAUCUUCGUUAUGACUUGGUGGUUUCACGGGCUGGGAAGAGCCAUUCUGAGCAGUACAUAUACUCUUUGCGACAACUGAUUAGAAGCAUUAUAUAAGGGGCGGCCCCGCGAAGCGUUUAUGGCGUUAUUGGGAUAUGUAUACACACGGCACAAAACAUGGGAAAACAGCUACAUUAACGGCAUACUGAACUUGUCCGUUCAAAUGCGCAGAUAAUACAACUGUUGGUAUUCAAGUCGACCUAUCGACAUCGUUGCUAUUUUGAGUGUACAGCUCCAGGGGCACCACUACCGCAUCCCAAACACACGAUCCCACUUAUAUACCAAACAAAGACAACCCGUCUCCCAAACCAUGUACCUAAUCCAUCAUUACAUGUCCCAGCCUUUGCAUUCCCAUCAUUUCUUAUCAUUACGAAGCCCAUGGAAUCUCCCUCGUCAUAGCCCUCUCGGCGUUGGUCAUUAAUCCUCAUUACAUUUGUUUCCUCCUCUUCCCGUCGUUCAUAACAACCAAAGGGAGCCAAUAAGUCAGCGCAGCUUAUACGCCAAUCUGGCUCAUAGUCGGACCAGUCCUCACGCUACCACCCCCCCUGCGAAAUCCCAUGAGGCUCAGCACCAGAACGGCCGUGAACAGCGGAAACAAGAACCACAUGAACACGGUCGACGCCUGGAUCUGUCUGCACCGCUUGGUAUUGUCGGCGCUGCCGUAGGCAAUCCAAUCGGCCGCCUUAUCGCCUGGGUCGGCGCAGUUAACAACUGUCAACUUGGCAGCCAGCACGAUGGCGGCGAUAAAGGUGAAGAGCGUAGCGGCGGCGUCGAGGGCGAGAAGGCCGACCGGGUAGGAGAGACGCUCAACGACGGUGGAAAUGAGACCGUAAAGGGCGGCUAGCCAGGUGAUUACAAGAACGAACAUGGUGAAAUUGAUGGCUGCUGUGGCCGACGAAGCGGCCGAGACGUUGGUAGCGAUCACAUUGCCUAUCAGGGCCGUGGUGAUGAGAAUGAAGAGGAGCUGCGCUGAGCGGAAGUAGAGCGGUGUUUUUUCCAUCUUGGCGAUUUCCUUGUGCGAGGUAGUAGCUGUCGUCGGGUUUUGUCGUCGGAACUGGAUCAAUUGGGCAAUUCGUGUAGGUGAGGUCUGUGACGUAAAUAGCUAUGGGUAGGUGUUGUUUUUUAAAAGUGUGCUGAGAAAUAUAAUACGACUCGUGGGAUAGUUCUGGUCUUGUAGGCGAACUGUUGGCUAUCCGGUGUGUAGGUGCCCAGGAAUGCGAGUCGUCAC